GUACCUGUAGGUUUUGUCGAAGCGGCCAUAAACGCGCGAGGGGGCGUCCACUGGUUCGCCUUUGCUUACCGUUGCCAGCAAGAUGCCACAGCAACGCAGGCACAUACCAAUGAUCUCAUUCGGGUGCUGAAAUCCCAAUAAGGAUCCUAGAUCGUCAGCAGAUUGAUGUGCGGUCACUAGGCAUGUCCAACCAAACCGCCCAAUCCCUCUUUUUCUCAGUCCCUCGUCUGAAGCUGCAUUCGAUGGCUCUGUCGAUGCGAAACAACUGCCUAACAAGGUUUCAGGUCCGGUCGCCCACCACCCGGGAACAUCCGCCUUCACUGUCAACGCUGUCCAAAGCCAGAAAUGUGUCAAACGCAAGCGGCGCCGGGACUGGUAUCCGUGUUACUUGUUACUUGGGACAUCCAGUCUUGACUAAGUUCACCGCGUCCCGUCUGUGCUCAAGCCCGACCCUGUCCAACCUUUACCACGGGACGAAAACACUCCUCCCUCCACUCGGAGUGAUUGUCGGGGAAAUGGUCAGGCUGCGAUGGCUGGCCUUUUGACGGGACCGAUGCCAUCGCACCCAACCAAAAAGCCCACAAGUCCCCAGUCACCAAAACGCGCGAGAUACACUAGACUAGACGGAGAAUAGGCGGAGUAGGGGGAGG